AAUUCAUUUGGAUUAUUACAAGUCAUUCAAAAGAAAUUACCAUGGGCUAAUAAAAAAGCAUUUGUAUAAUGUUUACAAUCAAUUACAAUGCGAUCCUAUUAUUAUUGAUUUGAUGCAAAUCAUACUACUGUUCAGCGCUGAUAAGCCUAAUAUUAUACACAAAGAAUCUAUUAAAUUUCAGCAGCAAUUAUACGUGCAUUUAUUGCAUCGGUAUUUACGGGCGAAAUACGGGUCCGAAAGCGACGCUCGACUUGUGUUCCGACAAAUGGUGUAUAUCUUGAGAGAUGUGAGACAUCAGCGAGAAGUGCGGCGAUUGAAUCAAUUGGAUGUCAUCUCAACCCAGAGUUAUGGACCGCUUCUUAAGGAGAUUCUCGAUAUUCCCACCGAUUCUGAUAAUUCUGAGUGGAUACUAUCGGCCAAAGAAAGACAGAUAAGACAAUUGCGGAUCGAAGAGAAUCGUCGGUUUAACCAAUUGUCACAAUUGAGAUCAGUGGCUAUCAACUCAGACCAGUCUUCAUGUCAAUCAUCACUGGAUUCAAAUACAAUGACCACAACUAACGACUCAUUUGAAACAAGUAUUUACAACACAGACACCGACCAAACAGUGGACAAAAACAUCAUUCAAACACAUAAUACGGACAAUACAAACAAUACUAAAUCACUGAACACUAAUAGUGCGGUCAUUGGGGACAACAUUAGUCCCAUAUUAUAUAACAAUAAUGACUUUAAUGAUAUGGAAAUGAGUUUAUUUAGUGAAAUAUUGUCGGCCACGGAACAGUUCCGGAGACCGGUGUCCAGCAAUAUAUCAUUUCAACAACAGUUAUACAUGUAUUUAUUGGAGAAAUAUUUGCGUAAAAAAUAUGGCUCUGAAUGCGAGGCAAAGAUAAUGUUUUCAAACAUAAUGAAUAUGUUGGCAGACAUUCACGCUUUGAAAUGCAUUCACAAUAAAAGCUAUUACGAGAACCCGUCGAACGCACCCUUACUUUUGAAGGAGAUUCUCGAUAUACCUAUCGAUUGA